UACCCUGUCAGUCAAGGUGAUCUCAGCGUGUGACUCGGAAGAAACCAUGAACCAACACGUGAAAUCAUUGUGAGACAGCACGUUUAUCAUGACCAAUUUGAUUUUGGAUUGUUUGUGGCUUUUAAGACGUAUAAUUCUGACACGUACUACAUGAGGAUCCAAAAAGAAAUUAGCGACAGGUAUCUUGGAGUUCUUCCGAAAUAACAUUCAUCUUGACCUGACUGACAAAACACACGUUCGCCAACUUGGAAAGCUAGCUGGUUAGCUAAUAGCGAACUGGUUCGCAAAUACAAUAAAUUAGUAUUGCUUGAAGCAGUAUGGAAAACAUGGAUAAUCCUUCUGAGGACACCAUACAAUUUCAUGAGGACGAAGAAAUACUCGAGGUUAUUGAUCUAAGUGAUACAGAACAAACCCCAGAUGACCUGGCAGAAGAGUUAGAAGACGUGGACUUCGAAGAUGCUGGGGCAGCAGCCGACGACGAGGGUUGGGAGACAGGGGAUGAGAUGGAGGAAGCUGUAGAUGACAGUGAACUCACUUUCUCUCGUCACACUGGUUCUGUAUUCUGUGUUAGUCUGGACCCUCAAACAAACAGCUUAGCAGUGACAGGGGGAGAAGAUGACAAGGCCUACGUGUGGACUGUGAAUGAUGGAGAGGUGCUCUUUGAGUGCACAGGACACAAAGACUCAGUGACGUGUGCCACGUUCAGCCACGACUCCAAGCUUGUAGCCUCUGGAGACAUGGGUGGCCUCAUCAAAGUGUGGAAAGUGGAGAGCAAGGAAGAGAUCUGGUCCUUUGAAGUCGGAGACCUGGAGUGGUUAGAGUGGCACCCAUGUGCCCCUGUCCUGUUGGCAGGCACUGCAGAUGGAAAUGUGUGGAUGUGGAAGGUGCCAGGGGGCGACUGCAAGACCCUCCAUGGCCCCGGCUGCCAGGCAACAAGUGGCAAGAUCAUGCUAGAUGGAAAGCGAGCAGUGGUUGGUUAUGAAGAUGGCUCAGUGAGACUCUGGGACCUGAAACAGGGCAAUGCCAUCCACGUUAUUAAAGGUAUUGAUGGCCACCAGGGGGCGCUGACUUGCCUUGACACUAACAAGGACGGCUCACUAGUCCUAACGGGCUCUGUAGAUGGCCAGGCCAAGCUCAUCAACACUAUUACAGGCAAGGUUCUAUGUGCCUUCUCCAUUGAGAGUGUCAAAGCAAAAGACUCCAUGAUGGAUGAGGAGCAGUCCAACUCUGUCGAGUCAGUAGGCUUCUGCAAAGUUUUGCCCUUGGUUGCCGUGGCUUACCUGGACGGUACCCUGGCUGUCUAUGACCUUUCUACUCAGACUCUGAGACACAGGUGUCAACAUGAGGCAGGUAUAGUCCAUCUGCAGUGGGAGGAGUCCUCUUCAAUGGUGGCCACCUGCAGCCUGGAUGGUGUCGUCCGGCUUUGGGAUGCCCGCUCUGGGUCCAUGGUGUCCGAGUGCCGUGGGCAUGGUGCCGAGAUCCUGGACUUCACACUAAACAGUGAGGCCUCCAUAGUAGUGACCGCAGCAGGAGACCACAAAGCCAAGGUGUUCUGUCUCCAAAGGCCUGACCGGUAGGUAGGGAGGCACCUCCGACAGCCCUGCUCCCGCUCCCGCUCUCCUCCCACCCCUCCAGGAAAUGUCACUUGCGUCACACCACAGAUCGCUCCGUCGGGGCCCGGAGGAUGGGGUUUGCUCAUCACAGAGAGAUUUCAACACACCAAGCCCACACCUGAGGAAACGCCAAGCCCACACCUGAGGGGACGCCAAGCCCACACCUGAGGGGACGCCAAGCCCACACCUGAGGGGACAGUUCUAGGUCUCUGGCUUAUUGUGUUCUUGUCAGGAGUGUUCUUGUGAAGUAAAACCUGUUCACUAGACACAUUGGUUUGGAAAUCAUUUCAAAUUCUCUAUCAUCAAAUGGAUACAAAAUGUGACCAAUUGUAAUUGCUGUGUUCAAUUACAGGAAAAGGAACGGGGAUUUAUAUUUUCAUAUUACACACUGAAGUUAACUUAAUAUUAUGUGACCUGUUUAACUCACUGUGUGAAUAUUUGAAAUCGCAAACCCCUUUUUAAUUGUCACAGUUAUUUCCUCAUGCUUCAUUAAAAUAUUUUAUGAGUGAA